UUUUGACUCAGGUUUUAUUUGACCUAGCUGUUGGAUUACAAACUCAAACGGCAUGUUUGUUCACAUCGCUUUUGUUGUUGGUUUUCGCGGUGUAGCCCACAGCUAGUUAAAUUACAGCAAUGUCAACGUGGAGCAGGCUGCACGUGAAAGUGCGGACGGCUCAUGGAUUGCUCAAUUUUACCUCCAGACGGGUGACACAACGGCACACAUGGCUGUACGGGCAAUCAACGUUGUAUCAAAACCUGAGUACAGGCAGACGUCUCCGAAACGACUUCUUCAAAGACCUGGAGGCCCAGCUGGCAGCAAUGCGGAAGAAGGCUACGGACGCUCUGCCGGGGAGCAGCUGGAGUCCCCUGGAGGUGAACACGAACCUUCCGCCGGAGAGGGCCGACAUUGUGAUCGUAGGAGGCGGUGUGGUGGGCUGGUCCAUCGCCUACUGGCUGAAGCAGAAGGAGAGGGUGCGAGGAGGGGUUAAAGUUAUUGUGGUGGAGAAGGACCCGACGUACUCCCAGGCCUCCACUGUGCUGUCUGCUGGGGGGAUUCGACAGCAGUUCUCUCUGCCUGAGAACAUCUACCUCUCCCUUGCCUCUGCAGAUUUCAUGAGGAACAUCAAUGAACACCUCUGCGUGUUGAACGAAGACCCAGUGGACCUGCAGUUCAACCAAUCGGGAUAUCUCUUCCUGGCCAGUGAGGAGGUGGCCCACAUCAUGGAAGAGAACUACAGCACCCAGAGACAUGCUGGAGCCAAAGUUUCCCUCCUCUCUCCGACGCAACUGAAAGAGAAAUUUCCAUGGAUCAACACAGAUGGUGUGGUGCUAGCAUCAUAUGGGUUGGAGAACGAAGGCUGGUUUGACCCCUGGACUCUGCUGAACGCCUUCAGAAGGAAAGCCAUCUCUAUGGGAGUCGUUCAGUGCUGCGGAGAAGUUACAGAUUUUAAAUAUACAACAAAGGUGGUGACUACCACUGAUGGUGAACACCUGGAUCUCAGGAGAAUAAAAUCUGUCAAAGUGCAGAUGCCGAACAGCCUGGAGUACCAGCCAGUGGAAUGUGCCAUUGUGGUGAAUGCAGCAGGAGCCUUUUCUGGUAAACUGGCAGAGAUGCUGGGAAUUGGCUCCGGUCCCAAAGACACCAUCGCUGGAAUUACUCUGCCUGUUGAGCCUCGGAAAAGGUAUGUGUAUGUUGUCCACUGUCCUGAUGGUCCAGGUCUAGACACUCCCUUCCUGAUUGAUUACUCUGGAGUUUACUUCAGAAGAGAGGGGUUAGGUGGGAACUACAUCGCUGGGACGUCUCCAGAGGAGGGGGAGGAGCCAGAUACCAGUAACCUGGAGGUGGACCACCAGUUUUUUGAGGACAAGGUUUGGCCCAGCUUGGCCAGUCGUGUUCCUGCGUUUGAGAAACUUAAGGUGACCAGCGCGUGGGCGGGUUUCUACGACUACAACACUUUCGACCAGAACGGCAUCAUCGGUAUGCACCCAUUGAUCAACAAUAUGUACUUUGCCACCGGUUUCAGCGGCCACGGCCUGCAGCACUCCCCCGCUGUGGGCCGCGCUGUGGCAGAACUGAUCCUGGAUGGGAACUUUAAAACACUGGACUUGAGCGCCCUCGGCUUCAGACGCAUUCUGGCCCAGGAACCCAUGCUGGAGAGGAACAUUGUAUAGAAGAGCAGGAACCUGGACUCCUUUGACACAGCUGCCAAUUAUUACAUCUUUGGUCUUA